CAAAUCGAUGGCAUUUCAUAUCAUUUUCCAGGACCUGAAAUAAGAUUCUUCAUAAAGUCAAAACCCAAAACCAGAACAUGUCCUCUAAAAAUCACUCAUCACAUACUCAGAUUGAGAAAGAUGAUGAUGCUAUAUCUGCAGCUGUGAUUUAGAUUAAUGCGUUAUUUGUUUUCUUGAUUUUCAUUAGUUGCUGUUUUUAAUGGCUCGAGUUAGGUUUUCAAUGCUAAAAUCACUCACUAGUUCCAUUAAUUCCGCUUCAAAGAUGGAGUCGUUGAGCUUGUACUAUAAGCCUACUAAAUUUGCUAAUCAAAGUUUUGUAAGACCAACCUAUGCUUUGCUUAAUCAAGAUUACUGCAAAAAUAAACUUAGAUCAGCUGAAAUUUCAGUUGUUAGUCAAUUUUGUAAAGCUAAUUCCGCAUGUCCAACCUUAUCACGGACUUUAUCCUUUAGAAGCGCUGUGCCUUUUAGUUCAGUGAGUUCCAUGUUGAGUUAUCGAUCGUUUUCAUGGUCUUCUGGUGGAGAAGUUGAUAAAUCUGGCGAUGUUUCAGCUUCAAUUAGGAGUAACAUAGACGCUGGAAACAGUGUUGGUGAUGGGAUUGACUGGAUUCAUAAGGCUAAAGAAACGGGGCAAAGUGCAGUUGAUGCAAUAACUUCUUUCGGAGAAAAGACUAAAGAAAUCUCCGAUGAACUGAUCCCUUAUGGCCAGCAGUUUCUUGAUUCACAACCUUAUCUUAAAAAUGUAAUUGUUCCUGUUAGCUGUACUUGUUUUGGUUCUAUAUUGGCAUGGGUAGUAAUGCCUAGGAUAUUGAGGAAGUUCCACAAAUACUUUAUGCAAUCUCCUGCUGUUUUACCGUCUGGAAGUAUAUCGGAGGAGCCAGUUCCAUAUGAGAGAAGCUUUUGGGGUGCUUUAGAGGCUCCUGUGCGAUACUUGGUCACCUUUAUGGCAUUUUUAGAAAUUGGCAAGCUGGUAGCGCCAACUACUAUACCAUCACAGUAUAUAGCUCAAGGAUGGAGAGGUGCAGUUGUUCUUUCUUUUAUAUGGUUCUUAUAUCGAUGGAAAACGAAUGUGUUUGGUCGUGCAUUGGGUGCACAGAGUUUAUCAUUGGUUGAGAAAGAAAGGUUGUUAACUCUUGACAAAGUUUCAUCUGUUAGCUUAUUUGUUAUCGGGCUACUGACUUUUGCUGAGGCAUGUGGAGUGGCUGUCCAAUCUAUCUUAACUGUUGGUGGCAUAGGAGGAGUGGCCACUGCUUUUGCUUCCAAAGACAUCCUUGGAAAUGUGCUUAGUGGGUUCUCUAUGCAAUUUUCAAAACCCUUUUCACUUGGAGACACAAUAAAAGCUGGAUCUAUAGAAGGCCAAGUAGUUGAAAUGGGACUGACUACUACAAUGUUACUGAAUGCUGAGAAAUUUCCUGUCAUAGUUCCAAAUUCAUUAUUUUCCAGUCAGGUAAUAGUGAAUAAAUCCCGUGCCCAAUGGCGUGCUAUGAUCACUACAAUUCCUGUGAGUUUUGAAGACCUGGAUAAGAUGCCUCAGAUAACAACUGACAUUAAAAGCAUGCUAAAGUUGAACCCAAAAGUUUUCUUGGGAAAGGAGGCCCCAUAUUGCUAUUUGUCUAGAAUAGAAAGCUCUUCUGCAGAAUUGACGAUUGGAUGCAAUCUCAGAUUCAUGAGCAAAGAUGAACUGUACUCCACAGAACAAGACAUUCUUUUGCAGUCGGUCCGGAUUCUGAAGGAACACGGUGCUUCACUGGGUAGUACCUGGCAGGAUUACACCACUAGGUGACGUUGCAGAUGAAUGAGAUUCAUUAUGCUGAAGGUUUUAUCCAUGUUUCCCUGUAUCUGAUACUCUGCCAUAGUCGCAUCAUAGUUUCUUUUCGACUAGAAAUGACAAAUCACUAGCUUUAGGCCUGCGCGUUGCACGGUUUUUAUUUAAAUAAUAUUAUUAGAUAUUAUUGAAUUUUUUGAA